AUGGAUAAUAGAGAUUUCGCUGCAAGCAAUCUCACUUUCUCUGGAAGUUUGUUAUUCGCAAUAAUUUGCUAAAUCUAUGUCUAUAGAAAGACUGAUGGAGAAAGAGCUGCAUCAAACGCAGUGGUUGCAAGAGGGAAUGCUACAAUAUCCUAAGAUAAUCAAUAUUCUGAGGAAGAGAUGGAAUACUAUAAGUAUUUGGGAGUAAUCUUCUCUAUCAUGGUAGCAUGCUAAAAUUCUUGCAGAGCUACCAUAAACAAAAUUUGCUGGAAAUACUACAAACUUGAUCCAUUUCUAGGAUAGAUGGACUCAGGAUUUUAGUCUGGUAUUUUUUCUCUUGUUCUUGUGAUAAUUUACUUGAUAUAAGAUCAUCCAUCAAUGACUUUUCAUGAUGCAAUCAUAGCUUUCUUUGCAAGUGUUAUUGGAUUUAUUUGUAGUAUUACAUGCUUCAUCGCCGUUUCUAAAGGAGCUUCAGGCCCUAAUAGCACUAUUUUCUAGCUCUAAAGCUUGUUUUAUAUGCUAUUAGAGGCAGUUAUCCUAUUCAAGUUCCCAACAAUCAUUUAGUUUUUAGCUAGCUUAUUAACUCUCUUAGGACUCAAGAUCAAAAUGGGAAAUUCUUUCAAAGCUCAGAAAAAGACAGAUAACUUGUCAUAGGAAUUUUAUCUUAACCAAAGUAUUAUUAAGUUUUUUACUUAAUGGAGUUUCAGGUCAAAAUAUAAUAAAAAUUUUCCAGAAGAAUAAUAUAUUUUGGAGACAAACCAACUAUUUAUUGAGGACUCUGGAGGAGUUUCAGCUGUCCCAAUUCAUUAUGAUAUCACUGAUAGAGAUCUAUAAUAGCUUUUGGAGAAAGUAAAUGGUGUUCAUUUCACAGGAGGAGGCUUGAAUUUAAUUGACAAAGAAACAGGCGAGAAACACGUUUAUUAUAAAACUGCUUCAAAAUAUGGCAUUAUUCGAUAGAAUAAAAAGAUAGGUUUGGAGUUAAUUUUCCUCUCACUGGCGUUUGCUAAGGAUUUGAAUUGUUUGCACUUGGAACAAAGAGAGAAAUGUUAUUUUCAAAGACAAAGAACCUCAGCAAACGUCAAAGAUGUUUAAAGAUUUGACCUUCUUGUCUUGAAAUAAAUGUAAACGCAAGAUAUCUCAUUCCAUCUUCACUAAUGGGGUAUCCUUUAUGAUGACUAUCUAGCUAACGAGGAUCUGCACUAAUUCUUUAAGGUAAAUGCAAUUGACUAUGAUGUAAAUGACAGAAAGUAUCUGACUUAAAUAGAAGCUAGGAAAUAUCCAAUUUAUGCAAUAAUGUUCCACCCAGAGUAUCAAGUAGUACAUGUUAAUGAAACAGCUCAUAAAAACUUCCUUACUGUUGAAAAUCAAUAUACCCACUAUGUCUUUAAACACAUCUCAAAGUUUAUACACUAAGAAGCUGCAAAAAAUGAUCAUGAAUAUGGCCUUGGUCUAGAAAAUGAUGCUUUGAGAAAUUAUGAUACCUACUCUUACAUUGUGACAAAGGGUGUUGAAAUAAAUGCUUUUGCUAUUCCUGAUAAAUAUAAAAAAGAGUAGUGA